AUGGGCGGGGAUGUGCUCACUGGCUCUACUCCAGCGUGGGUUUCCGAAUACUCUGUGAACCCAUCGCCCUCUGCAUCAGGUCCUAGCCUAGUGAAAUCAGGCAGCUUCUUUGACAAUUUCCUUCUUACAAAUGAUGAUGAGUUUGCAGAGGAGGUUGAAAAUAUGACCUGGGGAACAAGAAAAAGGAUGAAGAGAAGCAAUGGAGAGAACUGUAUGAAGAAAUGGAAAAAAGAAAACAGGAAGAAGAGGCCAAGAAGAAAGAGGAAAGGGAAUAUGACAUUUGGGGAAUUGAAGAAAAGGGAAGUGAAGAAGAUUCUGCUGAGGAAUCAGGAAAUGACAGGCAGCUGA